UAAUCUUAUUUGCCACUCUAAAGAAAUCUUAAGCUCAAUCUCCUCCAACUCCAGAGGAAAGCGAUGUCUCUCACGAUCCCGACGAACCUCGUCCUCAACAAGAAGACUCUCACUCAAUCCUUACCUAAAUCCACCGCGAGAUUCGUCUGCUCCACCGAUGACAACCAGUCCCUGAAGGCAUUCUCCGCGGCGGUGGCUCUCUCUUCCAUCCUCCUCUCAUCUCCGAUGCCAGCCGCCGCUGAUAUCUCGGGCCUAACCCCUUGCAAGGAGUCUAAACAGUUCGCCAAGAGGGAGAAGCAGCAAAUCAAGAAGCUCCAAUCAUCUCUCAAGCUCUACGCUCCCGAGAGUGCACCUGCUCUUGCUCUUAACGCUCAGAUCGAAAAGACCAAACGCAGGUUCGACAACUACGGCAAGUACGGGCUUCUGUGCGGGGCAGACGGGCUACCACACCUGAUAGUGAACGGAGACCAGAGGCAUUGGGGAGAGUUCAUAACACCUGGACUUUUGUUCCUCUACAUUGCGGGAUGGAUCGGGUGGGUGGGGAGAAGCUACUUGAUUGCGAUUAGUGAUGAGAAGAAACCUGCGAUGAAAGAGAUCAUAAUUGAUGUUCCAUUGGCUAGUCGUCUCAUCUUCCGUGGCUUCAUUUGGCCUGUUGCUGCUUACAGAGCCUUGCUCAAUGGCGAUCUCAUUGCCAAGGAUGUCUAAGAAACCAAAAACAAAAAAAUCCAUAUUUGAUCCUUUGUUUGUUUCGUAUGUAUUCAAACUCUGGUUAACACUUCCCUAGUUAAGAAUAUAUCUCUGCAAUAUGGGAACUUGUUAUUUGGGUUAAAUGUUGAGAAUCCUACAAGCCAAAAGUUUUAGUUUUUUUCACAUAUUCUAGUGAAAUUACUGCUUA